AGAGUGGGAUAGGGGGCUUAGAGAAACAAAAGGAAACCAGCUGUAGAACUUCCUGAGCAGGGAAAGAAAGAGUGGGACAGAGAGAGCGAAAGAGCACGACUGAGCGUGCACUAACAACUAACAAGAUUAUCUAAAAAAGCAGGGCGAGAGAGGGGGAGAAAAAGGAGGUUUGGCAGCAGGAAUUCUGAGGCUGCCCUGAUUCAUUUCCACCCACCAUGACCAGUGCAAUCUUGAGACGGAAUUCUAGUAAACAGGGUUUGCAGAAUCUCAUAAGGCUAACAGCACAGUGGAGUGUGGAAGAUGAGGAGGAGGCAGCUAGAGAGAGGCGCCGGAGAGAACGUGAGAGACAGCUGAGGUCCCAGGCAGAGGAAGGUGUUGAAAGCAUUGGCACAUCUUCACAAAAUGGAGAGUCAGCACAAGAAAGCCAGUUUGAUGGUAAACCUUCUGGGACUUCAGAAUUAGAAGAGGAUGAGGGCUUUAGUGACUGGUCGCAGAAACUUGAGCAGCGCAAGCAGAGAUGGGCAGGAGAAGGUGCACAAGAAGGAGAGCGGAUAUACCAAUGGACAGAAGCCCAGCAGGCAGCCCCUGCUCAAUGGGAAGAAAGGUCCCCAAGGCAUUCCUGUGGAGAAGAGGACAGCAAUCUAAGGGAAACAGAAGCCAAGUUAGAGCAGGUUCAUCUGGACCAGGAGCCAGAUUCUCCAGCCAUCAUCCGGUUUGGAUGUGGGCCUUCAAACUUUCUUAAAUUUGUUCCUGUUUCACCAUCGUUCGAUCAGAGUGAAAUAGAAGAAGAACUGGAGGGGCAGAAAAAGUUAAAUGCAGCACUGGAAAUUACAGAGGAGAACCUGUCUACUGGAAUUGGAGAGGAGAACCAGGACUUUGCUCAAGAGAAUGAGCCUGAAGAAGAAGCGAAGGAAAGGCAAGAGGAGAAGAAGAGAAGAAGGAAUGAAGAAGAAGAGGCACCUGGGAAACGUCAGAGAGCUCCAAGCAUUUCUAGCCUGGAGGAAGAGUACCAGCCUCCUUUGAGUCCCACCACAAAGAUCACUGAUAGAACUGAGUCACUGAACCGCUCCAUAGAGAGGAGUAAUAGUGUGAAGAAGACACAGGCACCUCUUCCAGUUUCAAAGAUUGAUGACAAACUGGAACAGUACACGCAUGCCAUUGAGACCUCCAGCAAGACCCCCAAGCCUGCUCGCCAGCUUUCCAUUGACCUGCCUGCUAACAGUGCAGUAGUGGCCAGCACAAAAAGCCUUUGGGAGACUGGUGAGGUUGCCAUUCAGUCCCCCGUGAAGACAACACCCUGUAAGGACAUUGUGGCUGGAGACAUUGUGAGUAAGAGAAGCAUUUGGGAACAAAAGGAGACCCCAAAGGCAGAUGAGAGUGCUAAGGUAAAACUUCCUGGCAAGAAAUACAAGUACGUACCAAUUGGACAUGGCCAAUACAAGAAGGUGUUGGUAGAUGAGGCCACAGAAAAAUAGUCUGCUUAAGCUCCAAACAUGUAUAGCUCGGCUUGGUUCUGGUUUGGACACCCGUGGCAAUACCUCUGUACAACGCUGAGGUUCCCUCUCCUGAAAGGGAGCUCAACAAAAGGACCGUCUUCCUUACUAUCUAAAAUAAGCAACCUGCUACAAAACCUGCUGCUGCUUUCUUCACAGACAUGAGCAUCUCUCCAAGCUUAUUUCUUUUGGACUUUUGACAGCAUCAAAACAACAAACAAAAUAUUAAGAAAACCCUCUCUAGUUCAUUGGGCUUCUGUUUGAAAAUGUUAUUCUAUGCUGUUCUAGUUUUUGUAGCUUGGUGGUAGAGAAAGGCCAGCCUUUUUUUUUUUUUUUUUGGAGUUGAGUCUACAUGGCUAUAUUAGUAAUCUAAGAGGGACAUUUAUGUAUUUGUUAUUAAUUUGUAACUUGGGAGCAAGAAAUUAAAUGAUGUUAAUUUGAGCACGGGGGAAGUGUGGUAGUUUACGCUUUAUCGUAAGAACCUAUCUGCCAUUCAAAAUGGCAGUCCUCACUAGAAUUUGAAGGUUUGAUGUGAAAAAUCUUCCUUUCCAAUCACAGUUCUGGAACUCUGACAAUGUGUACAAUUUCCCCUUAUUUCAUAAUUAUAAAUUCAUAAAGAUCUCGUCAUAUUUGUCUGUGCAUCUACCCCCAGUUUUCUCUUGAGUGGCCUUUGUCAUUCCUUGACCUGUGGUAAGUAAAAAGCCAAUUCAAGUUGAUAUUUCCCUUGUACACUAUCCUUACCACAUCCUUGUCCUUGUCAUACAUCUCAGUGAGAUCUCACACCAUUUCUGUCAGAGUCACGGUCUCAUGGUUAAGAAACGCUUCAGGACAUCUCCCCCACCCCUCAAGUGCCUGCCAAAUCCACAAUGUACUGCCUACUAUACCUGGUUCAUGCGAACAAAUCCUGAAGUCCCUUUUUUUCUAUUCAGGUGAAUAUUUCAUUGUCCAAGGCAUAAAUUUUAAGCAGAGUUUCACUGGAACACUGAAAUUUCCUUUGAAAGUACUUGUCAGGCUUGACAGCUGAUUCCUGCCAAUCACAGCUAUUACUUGCUUCUCUUUCCCUCUCUGUACAAAGAAAGUGGCCACCAUAUUCAGCUUUGAUUCUCCUAAUAAUGAAAUUUUGCUUCUAAAGAGACUAGACGGUCUCCCACCCACACACACACAUUUACUUUCACUUUUUAGCUUUUUGUGUAACUUGGAAUUGUUUUGUAAGCAGUCAAUAAAAAUUCUGAAGAAUAUAAA